GUGCACCGGGGCAGCCCUAAAAGUGGGGACGCUGGGGGCACUACGACGAGGCAGUAAGUGACGCCAAAGCACUCGGUGCCAGGGGCAUCGCUGCGGCUCGUGGCGUGGGCGUGGCUGGUGCUAAACCAGCUCGUACCACCUCGACAGAAUGAGUGAUGCAGCCGCACGAAUGGAAACAACUUAUCGAGAGCGCGCAAAACGUCUCACGGAGGCGACAGAGGCUCAACAAGGCGAUCCGCUAGCCCUCCUGGAAGCCGAACGCGCCCGACGUGCGCGCGAGGACGCCGCCGAUGACAAGCGGAGACGAAAACUCGGGCUCGAAGGGACGCUGCCGAUCGAGCGCCGGUCGGACGCCCGGCCCGUGGCGCGCGGGUUGAUAGACGUUCGCGCGAUCAUGGACGACUGCCUCCGAUCGCGCCUUCCGCCGCCGCCAGAGCCUCCGGUGAUCAACCUCGAAGGGGCGAGACACGCGCCGACGACGGAGAUCGCCGGCUACCUGCAAGCGACGAAAGCCGCGGCCAAGCGGUCGACGAAGACCAUCGCACGCCGAGAACUCCGCGAGGCGAGGCGUCCAGCGAGCGUAAGCAAACUAUAGACAAAUAAGUUAUACAAACA